GAUACGGAACGUAAAUGUGGACUUCAAAGAUUUCUUCCUUCUGCCCCAUCUAUAGGCCAUGACCAGUGACUAGUUGACAUCAUGCUUAAAGAGUCAUGGCAGAGCAUUAAAGUUGACUAAUUAGUCGGUGCAACCCCUACUAUGUUGCGAUACUGUGGUGUCUUGAGAAGAAUAUGCAAAUCCCUGUAAUUUUGUGAAUAUUAUACCAUGAAAAAGCUUUUUCCAGUAAAUACCACAGUUACUACAUACUUUUUUGUUACUACUGUAAAAUUAUAAUAUUAAUUCAAGAUCUUCAAACACUAUAAGAAGCAUUCAUUUUAUUAUUUUAUUAUUUAUAUUUUUGUAAAUGACGUUGGUGACUGAUACUAAGUUGCCACUGUUUUAUUGUGACAACAUGAUUAUAAUGUUUUAGCAUCUAUAAUUACCCUGAUGAUACCUUAUUUUUCCAGAUUAAAACUGGUUUAUAUGAAUUCUUAAUUAAAAGUGUAAUGACUCAGACUUUUUUGAACAAAGGCAGUGUGAUGAUUCAGUACAUUCAUUCUCUGUAUUAAAAUGUACUAGGUUUGUUGGGUACGCCCAUCAUUCACAAAGGUCUACACCCCCUCUGCACCUUGAGUGUUUAUUAAUCAAGUAUUUUGGCUAAUUUGAUGAUUCUUUCAGCUACCAAUAAGAGUGUAGCUCUUUAUCAUAUUUAAAUUCAGCAGAAUUCAACCCAUCGGAUGCUGGCAUAAUAUUCAAGGACAUAUUUAUGCACAAUUUGACAUUGAGUCGCCAUGUUUCUUCUGUAAAGUAUUUUUAAAAAUUUUGGCGUGGUUACAACAUACAGUACAAAUUGUAACAGUAGGCAUUCAAAUUAAUGAUUUGUCAUACAUAGGUGUUAGAUCAUUUUGUUCAGUUAUUUAUAGUCUUCUGCAAUUCACCUCCAGAUCUCGUGAAGCCCUUUUACAACGCAUUGGGAGAAUCAAAUAAGAGAGACAGAGACCAGAUUGCUGCUCAGUUGAUUCUCAGUUUAAUACAGGAAAACAGAGGAUAUUUAUCCUGAUAUAAAAGCAGGAUAUCAGUUUGCUGAGCUUGGUGUUAAAAAUCACGUAUACACUAGCAAGUCUAGUCACCUAAACAAUUACUGGAAAUAGGGUCUCCCGAAGCAAAAUUUAAGACAAAAACGGGGUGACAGAGAGCCUAAAAAUCUCUUAGAACGGCCAAAUGUCAUAGUUUAGAUGUUACACCUCAUCAUACCUGUAGUAAAUCACUCUCUCCUGUGUAUCCUUAUUCUCACACAAAUUCCACAGGGUCAAAGUACUUCAGCACUGAUCAAUGCUACAGGAAAUUAAAGUACCGUUACAGUUUUCAUAGCACAAAAUGGUAAUCAUAUAACCCUAUCCUUAAAAUAAACCAUAUAUUGUGCAUGAUGCUCAUACGUUUUCAUAAUAGUCCAAUCCAAAAAUGAAAAUCUGUUUUCUUACUUAUUUUUUACACAAAGUUUAUCAGAAUAUUAGCACUGCUCUUUUCCAUAUCUUAAAUUUCAGUCUUUUUUAUCACACAAAAAUAUUGUACUGCUUUAGGGAAACUCAGAGAUAUAGUGCAUAUAGAGUUGACUGAAUAAUUUUUAUCAUUUUACCUUGAUGGCAUUGUUUUGUCAUUUUUUUUAAGCUUGACAGUCCCUGUUCGCUGUUCACUUUUAUUGUAUGCAAAAGAACAGCGUGAACACCCUGCCAAACAUCUUCUUCUGUGGUCUGUUAAAGAAAAACAAAAGCAUGUGUGUUUGGAACCACAUGACGGUGUGUAAAGGAUAACAGAAUUUUUAUUUUUGGGUAAACUUGGGCAAGUAGACUGAACUGGGAGUGAAGAAUGAUGGAAGUAGGACAGCACUGAGCAGUUUAGGGAGAAACUCACAAUGACUAAAGCAGAAGAGAAUGAGGGAAGAUACAGGUUGGACAGGUUCGGCCAGUGGGCUGGUAUUCCGAACACUCAAGACCAGUGGGGUGUGGUAGGAGUUUGGGUUCUAAAAGGAAAUGAUAGAAACUGCGGUUAGGAGAGGAAGAAGGAAAGUUGCUGUAGUUAGUGCCAUCGAUACAGUUUAAUUUUUCAGAGAUCAAAGGAGGAGACAGAUACAUCCAAGUGUGAACUCGUGAGGUGAAGUGGAUUCUAUAAGUAGACUCUGAGGUGGACUGAUGUAAACUGACCUCAUUCUCCUGAACCAGCGAGAGAUCCUGGGCAACUGAGACACCGCAGAAAGAGGAGGAGGUAGAGGAGGACCAGAGAUGGCUGAAGCAGCAAAGAUUGAACUUUUUGUCAAGGCAAGCGAUGAUGGUGAAAGUGUUGGUAACUGCCCUUUUUGUCAGCGGCUCUUCAUGAUACUCUGGCUGAAGGGGGUCAAUUUCACCCUCACCACAGUGGACAUGAAGAGAGCUCCAGAGGUACUAAAGGACCUGGCUCCAGGUUCUCAGCCCCCUUUCCUCAUCUAUAAUGGAGAGGUCCGUACUGACACCAACAAGAUCGAGGAGUUUCUGGAAGAGACCCUUGCUCCCCCACAAUAUCCCAAGUUAUGCUGCCGCUAUAAGGAGUCUAACACGGCUGGAGAUGACAUCUUUCACAAAUUCUCGGCUUACAUUAAAAAUCCCAAUCCUGGACUCAAUGACAUGCUGGAGAAGAAAUUUCUAAGGAGUUUGAUGAAGUUGGAUCAGUACCUGUUGACUCCCCUUCCACAUGAACUGGACCAGAAUCCAGAUUCAGCCCAAUCCGCAAGGCAUUACCUGGACGGAAAUUCACUCUCUCUUGCUGACUGCAACCUGCUUCCAAAAUUGCACAUUGUCAAGGUAGUUUGCAAGAAGUACCGUGGUUUUGAGAUCCCUAGAGAGCUAAAAGGCCUGACACAGUACUUGGACAAAGCAUACAAGGAAGAUGUGUUCCACCUCACCUGCCCCAAAGACAAGGAGAUCCUGCUUGCCUACCAUUCAGUGGCUAAAUAUCUCAACAAGUAGAACUGGACUUCAAAAGGGGAUGAGGACAAAAGAUUGUCUGGAAUUUAUUGUAAAAAAAUUUAUAUAUAUGAAAUGCCCCAAAACUGCCUUUAUUAUAAAUGUAUUCUUAAUGGGAAUUUUAAUAAUCCGAAUAUAUUGGUGGAGGUUGUUUUCGUUCAUUUUUCAUUUAAAAACCACAAUUGUAAAUAUCGGAUGCCUGCCUUGCUUGUUCCUGCCAUUUUGUUUUUGUAUUUAAAUGUCACUUUUGAGUGUGUUACUUUUGUUUGAUAGCCACUCAUUUAGAAACAUCUGUGAUUGUUGUUUUUGAAGGCCAUGUGAAAUGAGACAUGUAAUUGGUCUGAAAUUCUACCCCAUGAGAAAAAAAGAAGACAAAGCACUAGACAACUUCUACAAUGAUGUUAUUGAUCUCAAACAUUAAUGUUCGUAAGGAACGUCCAGUAUGUAUAAAACGGCUUGCAAACAAAUAAAACUCUUAUGGAAGAACA